UCGUGUCCUAGCAAUCUUUGCCAUCUUUGGUGAAACACUCAAAACUUGUGUGAGCACAAUAAUAAUAAGCUUGGGAAAGAAGAAAGAAAUAGUACAUAGUAUUUGUUUUUUGCCGCACAAGUCAUGCUUUUUAUUUACCUUUUUUAUUCCACACUUGAUAAAACCCUUUCCACCAUUUUAUUCUUAAUUACCAAUUAGCCAUGUCUGUAUCAAGAUUUUUACACUUUUCUUCCAAAUACCGUUCCACUUCCACCCGUGAAGCUCUCACUCUUCUUCUUACAAGGCGCGUUCCUUCUAACAGAACUCAAGCUGUUAGAUAUUCAAAAUCCACAAAACAUGAUCUUCAUCCUGUAUCUCCUCCACAAUCUGAGUCUUCUCGCUCACGCGGAGGAGUUUAUGCUGUUCCAGCUGUUCUUCUUGGAUUUGCCGGGAUUGCAGCUUUUUUUCAUUACAACGACGAGAGGAGAGCUGUUCCCAAAGGUGAUCAGGGGGAUAGCCGCAAUAGAAAUAUAGUCUGUGGACCCAUAAUUGGUGGUCCCUUUACACUGGUAAAUAAAGAGAAACAAACAGUUACAGAACGUAAUUUUCUUGGUAAUUGGGUUCUCCUCUACUUUGGCUAUACCUCAUCCCCUGAUAUUGGGCCAGAACAAGUUCAACUUAUGGCUAAGGCAACUGAUAUCUUAGAAUCAAAACAGAAUCUUAAAAUUCUACCAGUAUUUGUUACCAUUGAUCCUCAACGUGAUACUCCCUCGCAACUCCGUGCUUACCUUGAAGAGUUUAACUCAAGAAUCAUAGGAUUAACUGGACCAGUUGCAGCUAUUAGGCAGAUGGCACAACAAUAUCGUGUGUAUUUUAAAAAGGUAGAAGAGGAUGGUGGUGAUUAUCUUGUUGACAGUUCCCAUAACAUGUAUCUGUUGAGCCCUGACAUGGAGGUUGUGAGAUGCUUCGGAGUCGAGUAUAAUGCUGAGCAGUUGUCAGAGGCGAUAUGGAAAGAGCUAAACAAAAAACCUUCUUGAUGCUUUAGCGCAGAAAUUUUGUGCUUAAAUUCACUACUAUUUCAAGGGCCAGCAUUUUUCAGCUGUUGCAUAACAAGAGUUUGAUUUUCCAUUUUUAAAGGUCGUGAUUUUUAGUUUAAAGUUAUGUAUAUUCUUUCAAGAAACUACCUGCUUUCCGGAAAUCUCAGUUGUCAACUGGAUUAUUUUACUUGGACUAUAAUAUCCUCUCUUCUAACUUAUUUAUGUUAAUCCAUUGUAAGUAUGUUCUUAUGCUCAUUACUAAACUUAUCUAAA